CACAAUCCUUUAUUAAUACAGCACGAGCUGAUUACACUCUUGAAUCUGAUUGGCUAACCUACAGUGACGAGUAUCUAAAAAUGGAAAAUACAGUACAUGUUCGUAAUACAGUUCAGCAAUUAUUAGUGGUGCUCAUCCAGAAAUGUUACCAUUAA